UUCGAGGGAGCAUAUACCAAUUGAGAGCUGUGCAGCUUCAAGUAUGGCUCGGGGCCUGCAUCAUCGAGGUUCCUCCACAGACUUCACGUCAUCGUCUGAAGAUGAAGGUUGCACCAAGAGGAAAAAGAAGCGAAUAAAGAAUAUAGUCAAUAUCCGUGGUAAAGAAAAUCAUGUGGCCGUUGGGAAUGGUGCAAACGUAUCAACAACAGCAGAAUCAGCUGGUGUAACUCAGAAUUCUUUUGAUGUUGUAGAAAUAUUGAAAAACCCCACCACACUUCUCGAGGCAGUGGCUAAAUGUCGAGGCACCGAGAAGGAUAAAAUCGAGAAGAAUAUUUUGCAACAUCUUCUACCAGAAAUCGAGAACCAUGCUAUCAAGGCCGCAAGCAGUUGCAACGAUGCUCUAGAGCUGCUUGCUAGGUUCUGUUCUCCAGAGCUGAAAAGUCCAAGACUUACCAUUCAUUCCCUAAGGAUAAUGAAGCGGUUGCUUGAUCUAGAGUUUGGCAGCUGUGAGUCGGCAAACGCUCAUAUUAUAGAGGUCGAAAGGAUACUGCGUCGGUCCUUGGUCGACGGCAGCUUUGCAGAAAACCUUCAGCAUAUUCAAAGAUGCCGUCUUGAAGUGUAUAACAGUAUUCUAGCUUUAAUACUGCUGUACCUUGCUAAGGGUCACCUGAAACCUCCAUACAUUAACAAGACAGAGAAAGAAGAAAUAAAACAGACUGUAACGAAAAACAUCCAGAAAACUCUCCAAAGAAAUCCGCGUCCCAAAAAAGAUCGCUGGCGCUUCUCAAUGGAAACAGUUUUAAACUUGAUCGAGCGUUUGUUUGACUACAAUAAAUUGAGUCGCAUGACCAAGCUGUUGGAUUUGUGUAAAGAUAUCACGCUGGAAGCUUUCCUGAAGAAGCUGCAAUGUGCAGAAAGUAGUUCAGUGGAUUAUUUUGUCAUCCUGAAAAUGCUCCAUGGCAAGUUGUGUACCAGUAAUGCCGAUGCUUAUCAAAUUAUUGAGAUCAUCAUCAAGAAUCACGAUGUGUUCAGUAAGGUCCUCUCGGGCCGAACAUUAACAAAAGACAUGGGAGACGAAGUAUUUCUACUCAUACAGAAAUGUAUGGGAAAAACUAGGCAAGACAGAAUCAGUUCAUUUCAGAAAAUUUCCGAAGAGCUUCAAAAACUUCUUGCUGAAUGUGACGGAAAAGGUGCAGAUGAACGUCUUAGACUGAUUUCAGAACCUUUGCCAAAGGAAGACAAAGAUAUUGACGUUAUGAAAAAUACACCAAACACAACCAAAGAAUCAUUGAGCCUUGUGGAUAACAGUAAGCAACAUUUGGAAAAAUUAAGGUUAUUGGACCAUACGCAUCUUGCUAGGGUUGUAGAAGAUCGGAAAACCAAAUCUGGAAGAGUGAUUGCCUACGAAAACUGCGAGGGUCCAAGUCUACGACAUUACAUCUUGAGUAACAAAUGUACACCUGAAGAUGUGAUUGAAUUCGCUGCUCAAAUCACCGAAGCAAUAAACUACCUCCACCAAAAGAACAUCGUACUUUGCGUUUUAAAUGCUGAAAGCGUCAGGGUUGUCAAAAAGAAUCAUGUGAAAAUCUUCGGAUUGCACUUCUCUAGAAGCAUUUUACCAUCUUGCAACCAGUUCAACACCUCAUUUGGUGUUGUGAAUGGCGAGGUUCAUCCAGAUGUAUAUCGUUGGUGCGCUAAAGAGGUCAUUCAGGAAGGGAUAUUUUCUACCGCUGGAGAUAUCUGGUCACUCGGCAUGACAAUUUUGGAGAUGUUUCUGUGUCUUGCAAAAGAUGCCGAUACUGCAAAACCAUUCUCGCAGUAUUCUAAUGAAGAGAUUUUGGGCGCUUUAAAGAAGAAUUGCCGUCCUUUCCAACCUGUCCUAUGCCCGGACUGGGUGUACGUACUCGUGACACAGUGUUGGUGUUUAAAAACCACAGAACGAGCUUCUUCAUUGUCAGUGCUCGAUUGCUUGACACAAAAAUGCCCUUGGAAAUCUUACCUUCUUCAGCGUUGGAUAAAACAGAACGAAAUACAUGAAAAUUGGCCAAAUUUGAAUGUUGUUCAGCAGCUUGAUGAAACUAAUCCCAUCUCCAGACAAGACGUCGAAAGCUCGGUUUCUGAGGAAUUUGCGGGUUCCCAUAUCUACGACUAUGAGGGUCCAUUUUGGUUAAAGAAAUUUAAAGACCUUGUGAUAAGUGGAAAGCGUUUCUUGAUGCCAUCAUCACGACCUCCACGAUCAGAACAACGACCACGACUGCCAAAUUCACCUCAAGAAACACCGGAAGAUAUCAAGCACAAGAAUCAGAAGGGCAAGGAUGAAGACGAUUGUGACGAUACCUACGACUUGCCAAGACUACCAGAAUACGAAGUGACUUGUCCUCCAAGAUUGAGAUCGGCAUCAUUCCCACCACUUUCGUUGCCACCAAAUUCAACCCAAGAAACAAUUACUGAUAUCAGGCAGAAGGAAAAGAAAGGGGAGGAUGACGACACAUAUUAUAAUAUCGACGACAUGACAAAACUACCAGAAUACAAGGUGACGGCUUGUCCUCCAAGACUGAGGUCCGCAUCAUCCCCACCACUCCCCUGGCCACCAAAUUCAACCCAAGAAACAAUUACUGAUACCAGGCAGAAGGAAAAGAAGGGAGAGGAUAACGACAUAUAUGAUGAUACUAACGACAGGCCGAGACUACCAGAACACAAGGUGACAGCUUGUCCUCCAAGACUGAGGUGCGUAUCAUCCCCAUUACUCUCGUUGCCACCAAAUUCACCCCAAGAAACACCGACAAAUAUCAAGCACAAGGAAGAGAAGGGGAAAGAAAACGACAUAUACGAUGAUACCUACGAUAGGCCAAGAACAAAAUGUUUGCAUGGUAAUUCCGACCAGGAAUGCUAUACACCUUACCUAGAACCUGAUGAAUCGUAUCAAGGUUUGUCGUAUUCCACAGAGAAUGGAUACAUGUCUUUAAUAAGCAACUCAAGUGAAAGGAUAUUCGAUGUGGAUGUCGCUGGUUUCCAUAUGGCUUCUACCAAUAAUGGGGCUGCCAACAAUAUGGAAAAUCAAAAGCCCGUUUUUUUAAUGAAUAUAUAACCUUGACAACGACAAGCACGAGCCAACGUUUUUACGCUCAAUGACACGUGGCGGUCUAAUAAUCAAAUAGAGAAGCAUGAUACUGGUUCAUAAACUAUUAGGGACCGUACUAAUAGAAUAUAUACAAGAUAUGGCUUAUAGUGCCUUGUAUAGACGCAAUCAUUUGUAAAUAAGUAAAUAUAUCGUUCCCCUUUUCUUACCGACAAUUAGAAACAGCAUGAUUUUAGCACAGGGGAAUUUUUAAAUUUUCCAUAUUAAUCCAUGUCUUAUAUACCUAUACUUAUUACUGAAUAUCUAAAAAUAAUAUACAUGAUCAGUUGUAUUAUUUCCAUAGCGAGACUUACUCAGUAAAAACCUCUUUAAUAUACUUUCGUUCCUUCGCUGUUCCUAAUCAAUGCGCGUGUGAGAAAAGCGAUACUUCCAAUCAGAAGCCGACAGCAACCGGCUGUUGCUUGGAAAGUAUCAGUUUAACGGUGGGGAAAGUGCAGUUAGAUUGAACAAAAUUCGCUCAGAGUGAAGCUAAGAACAACUAAAACACGCUGUAGAAGAUUCAUAGGAUUUUAUUAAAAUUCAAUGCACGAAAAUGAA